ACUGCUUGCAGAGCGGUACCGAUCUACCCAUUUAUUUUUUGUAGGCACUGAUCUACUCAUGUAUUUUUGCAGGCACCGGUCUACUCAUUUGUUUUCUUUUAACUCUGAUCAGCUGUAGGACGGCCCUUUGAAGCCCAGUGGCAAGACUUUAAACAGUUUUUUUCCCUCUAGCCAUCAGCUGGGACUCAGGAGGCAGCAAUAGAUUGGGGGUGGGGCCAAAUAAAAGGUCCAGCAACUCGUCCUACAGUUGCAAUGCCUUGUCUGCUAUGUCCGUCUCUCUUGUGCUGCCUCCUCCUCCUUCUGUUUCCAUUAGCCUCCGGUUCUGCGUCUAAAGGGGACACAGUGGUCAUAACCAGCAGUGGCCCCAUUAAGGGCAAGCAGUUCCUGGCUGGCCUUGGAUCUGUGACAGCCUAUCUAGGCAUUCCUUAUGCUGAGCCUCCCCUGGGGAAGUUGCGUUUCCAGAAACCUCUUCCACAUCAGCCAUGGAAGCAAACAUUGGAAACCACCAGUUUUGGCAAUUCCUGUUCUCAAUUUAUUUCCCGGGAUAUCCCUGAAGCAGAGAUAUGGUUUCCUAAAACACCACUGUCAGAAGAUUGCCUUUCCCUCAACAUCUGGGUGCCACACCCACAACCUUCUUCAUCAGUCCCUGUUUUGGUCUGGAUACACGGAGGGGGAUAUUUAAUGGGCACAUCUUCUCUGGACAUGUUCAAUGGGGCAUCCUUGUCUGCUGCUGAGAACGUCAUUGUGGUCACCAUCAAUUAUCGCUUGGGAGCCCUGGGCUUUCUGUACUUGCCACCAGCUGCUCCAGGGAACCUAGGCUUAUGGGACCAACAGCUGGCCCUGAAGUGGGUAAAAGAGAAUGCAGCUGCCUUUGGGGGAGAUCCUUCUCAGGUGACCAUUUUGGGCCACAGUGCUGGAGGAUCUUCUGUGAAUUUCCAUCUUCUUGCACCAAAAAGCCAGGACCUUUUUGCCCAAGCGGUGAUCCAGAGUGGAACAGCCAAUGCCUUCUGGGCUUGGAGGUCUCCUGAGGAAGCCAAACAAAAAUCACUGGAAUUUGUUCAUCUGCUAGGUUGUUCCAAGGACAAUACUAUCAGCAUAGUGCAUUGCCUGCAAUCAAAAAAUGUUUCUGAACUUAUUCGGCAUGAAAUAGCUCUGUCCUUGAAAGGUGGCUUCCUUUUGAAUUUUCCCUUCAGGCCAACCGUAGAUGGGGAGUUUUUGCUUGGUGAUCCAGAAAAGCUCAUGGAGGAGGGGCAAUUUCAGGCCAAACCUGUCCUCAUAGGUGAAACCUCUGAUGAAGCGGCCACAUACGUCCACACUACUUUCCCUAACAUCACCCACAAUCUCAUCAAUCAGGAGCAGCUUCUGAAAGGGAUACAGCUGUUGGUGCCAAAUCCAACUGAAGAUUUUAUUCGGACUAUUGCACUGAAGUACAGUGAAGGAAAUCAGGGCCCAGCAAAAUACCGCUCCGCUAUGUCCCACUUCUAUACAGAUCGGAUCAUUGCAUGCCCAAUGAUUGAAGCUGCAGGAAAUAUCAGAAAAAGUGGGAGUCCUGUAUAUGCCUAUUUAUUCACACAUCGCCCUUCAUGGUCAGUUUGGCCUGAAUGGAUUGGGGCAUCUCAUGGUGCUGAGGUUCCUUUUGUUUUUGGAACCCUUGAAUCAACGCUGCCUGCCAAUCAAACAUACACAGAGGCUGAAGCCAGACUGAGCCGUAAAAUGAUGUACUACUGGGCAGAGUUUGCCAGAACUGGGAAUCCCACUGGGUCAGCAGCCAGCAAGGAUGAGUGGCCACUCUAUAAUGCCACAGAGCAGAAUUUCUUCCUUCUUAAUACUGAGCCAUUCCAGGAAAGGGUGAUAGAGCACUGCGAUUUUUUAAAGAGCCUUUUUUCAAAGGCUGAAGAAACACGAAUCAAUCAAGACUUAUCUUUAAAGCCUGGUGAAAUGAUGACAAGCUGCACCAGAGAACCUUCCAGAAGUAUCCAUUGUCUUUUCAGAGACUGACUGGUGGGAACUUGGAAGACAAAUAAGGAGACAACUAAAACCCACAACACUUUUGCUGUUAAAAUAAUAAAUUGCCAGAUGUAAUUUGUUAUAUUUUGAUUUGAGACAGGCUUUUAAUUAAUCCCGCUCCCUCAAAAAAAACCUCUUAAUAAAUACUGUUUGAAUUCUUAGGAUAAAAAUCCUUUUAUUUUCACAACAACAUAAGAACUUGAUGCAAUGUGGAAAAACAAAUAAAGGAAACAGGAAUUCUGCCAAAUUUUGCUAUAACCUAAUGACUCACAUAUCUUUUUCAUAGAGCUGAGCUCCUUAAAUUUAAUAAAUGGGCAAGUUUGAUAUUCUAGGUAUUGCAGUCAAAAUUAUUUUAAUAUAUCCUGAUAUGGAGAAACCAGUUUAGGCUGGAUGCUGUAAAAACAUCCAUGGUUUGGAAAGGUAGGGUUAGAGCAAUGGUUAGCAGAAAUUCAUAGCAUUAAGUGUUAGAAAAGUUUUUAGUUUAGGUUGUAGAGGUCAAUAAGAUCUUGGAAUGUCCCAGCAGCUACAAUUAAGCCAGAUUUCUUUUAUCAAGAAAAACUUUUGUUUAUUUAAAAUCAAUAAACUAUUUACAUUUUAAAUC